ACCACAACUACUACACCUACAACCACCACAACCACACCUACAACUACUACGACAGAAGCUCCAGAGAUUCCUCUUGGAGCUAACUGUUCUCUCACACCGACUGCAUGUAAUGAAUCCAAUUCCGAGUGUGUGCAGGGCAAGUGUGGAUGUUCAAACGGCUACUUCGACUCUAACGGAAAUGCUGAUGCUGGGAGCUGUUUGAGCAAGCUAGCCCUUGGCCAGACGUGUUCUAUGGGUAUUCCCGACCAGUGUGUCGACCCAAACGCUGACUGCAGUGUUUCUGGCGGUGUCGUGUGGUGUGCCUGUAAAAAGGACUUCUACAGGAACCCAACUGGAAGCUGCACGCCACAGCUAGCCCUUGGUGCAAGCUGUGCCUCUGGUUUGGUAAACCAAUGCGCGGAUGAAAACUCUAAAUGUGGAGACAGUAAAACAUGUACCUGUAAUCCCGGAUUUUACAAAUCUGGAAGUGUUUGUGCUGCAGAGCUAGGCCUUGGAGCCCCGUGUGACAUAGUAGAUGGCGGAUGUGGAGUGGCCGAUUCUGAGUGCAAGGAUAGCGUAUGUGCUUGUAAAACAAACUUCUACGAUGACAACGGAGCGGAGGUUAACGGCACUUGUGCCCCUAAGAGCAGUGAGCCAGUGCUGAAGACAUAUGAUUGCAGUUUGACACUAAAUCAGGUCUUUAUAAUCGAAAUGAAUGACCUCAACAGUGAGAUUGCUCAACAAAUUGCAAGAGAUUUGGCCACUAUUCUGCGAAGCGAACUUGGCAACACACUGUUGGCUGUUGUUCUGAUCCGUUUAUGGCCAGGCAGUGUAAAUAUAGAUUAUCAAGCGACUCUGUCAAACCCCGUUACUCCACAAAGACUCCAGGAAGCUGUGGUGAAUGGUCAAAAGGCUGAGAUAAAUAACCUGGCUUUCAUCACAAGCAUUGAUCCUAACUCUAUCAACGUCAAUGAAUCAGUGCCAACUCCCUGUAUAUCAACUCCGACCAACAGAACUGCUAUCCUUCUCAACGGUCGCUGUGGCAACCACAGUGAAACUGGUUUUUGUGUGACCCCUAACAGUGCAUGCGUGGAAAGGUUAGGGAUAUGGAGCUGCCGCUGUGAGUCAAGCUUUAUCCAGACUAAAGACCAGAGAUCUUGCACACCUGCACCACGUUACCUGUUCGCUUAUCACAAUCUUACUGUGACCCUGCAAGUACCAAAGCCUGUUGGGACGGAAAUUGUUACCAUCCCUUUCUCGAAUGAAGUCUCUAAUCUAUGUGCAACUACACCGGAAGUUUCCUUUACAAGAGCAUUUACAGACAAUAACUUCCGGUACGAAGUGAAUUGCACCGCCAUUACAGUUAUCCUGGAUUCAUCCUUGUCGAGCACAGACGCAAGCUUUGCUUUAGGUAUUCAAACAAAGAUGUCGUUUAGUGACCUAGUAGUCGCUGAUGAAAUGAUGACAAUUCUAGAGACUUUGUCAAAUGUUUCUAUACCAACUGAACUCUGUUUGACUGUUGUGGAUGGGGCAUUUUCCGGACAGUUACUGGUAAAAUUACCUUCCUUGCGGACAGGAGAUUCAUAUUCUGCGGCGGUGUCAUCGAGAUACAGGCUACAUGGGGAAAGCGUGUACUCCAUAAGCGCUAUCAACCUGACCGCCAUUACUGGAAAACCUGACAUAGUUGCAUACAUGGACAAAUUUGUCGUCACGUACGGUUCUAAGUCUUUAACGGUAAAAUUCCUUAUUGUUAGAGUUGAAAUGGACCUAACAAAAAAGGAGGAUACAUCUACCAAUUCAGUUAUAUUAGAAUAUUCAAUUUCAGAUGAUUUCACCUUAGCUUCGACAGAUAUACCAUCUACAAAUUUGACACUUGGGACUUCUGAUGUGAGAGUUGGACCUGGCCGCUUAGAUUUUGAGAGUGGGAUGUCGCCAAUCAUUUUCAAUAUUCGAGUCAGUGUAUGUACAUUGACUGCAUCAACAAAAGUAAUUUUACAUCUGACAGACGCCAACGACAAUUCGCCUCAAUUCUCUUCUGAUAGCUAUUCCUUUGACAUAUUCCCCACCUCUUUGGCUGGUCUGUUGGUUGGUGUUGUCACGGUAACUGAUGUUGACACCAUGACAACCCUUACCUUCAACGUUGACAGCCCAAACUUCAGCAUCGACAACCAAGGCGUCAUAAAGACAUUGGAUCGAACGGAACUCAUACCAUUCAUAGAGAUCACCGGGGAGUCGAAAUACGCCAAGAAUGUUCAUAUAAAUGUCACAGUAAGUGAUGGAGUUAGAAGCAGUAAGGCUGACAUCUUUGUGAACCUGGCCCGCCAACCAGGAACUAACCUGGGGAAAACCUUCUCUGCCAAUAUAUUGGAAAACAGUCCUGCUGGGACAGACGUAGCAUUGGCAAACGUCAGUGGGUACAUAGACUUCGAGUUCGCAAGUAGCAGAGCAGAACAAUACUUCUUCAUCAACAGCACUACGGGAGAGGUUUUCACGAAAAAAGAACUUGACAGAGAAAAUGAGGAUGAAAAAGAACUGCAUUUCGCAAUAACAGCAUUCAAGAGCAGUGAGACAACCUGUUCUCUCACCGUACUCGGGGAUCUUGAAGUGAUUGUGGAUGAUGUCAAUGACAAUGCGCCUGUGUUCGAACGUUCCGCGUACACGGGGAAAAUACAGGAGGGCGGUACCAUAGGGAGAACUGUUGAGCUUGAUAAUGCCAUCAGUGCUACUGAUGCAGACGACAAUCCCACCUUCACCUUCGCUAUAACGGGCAGUAGUUUUGCAAUAGAUGACCAGACAGGUGUGAUAACGACGACUACAGAGAUUGACCGUGAGAAGACAGAAUUUAUAAUUAUCACUGUCACGGCUGAUGAUGGUGUCAACACUGGGUCGGCUAGUAUAAACAUCACGGUGAUUGAUAUCAAUGAUAAUCCACCAACGUUCACGGCAGGAGACUGGAGGUCAUCGAGUGUAAGUGAGGGAGCAUCUGUCGGCGAUGUUGUUACCACGGUAACAGCAAACGACCUUGACAGUGGUGAAAAUGGCCGAGUGUUUUACAGUAUCCAAGGAGAUUCAGGAUACUUUCGAAUUGAUGACAGACUUUCUGGAAAAAUUACUAUAGCACACGCUUUGGAUAGAGAAACAAAACCUGUUCAUAGUUUGAUUGUACUAGCACGUGACAAUGGAAGUCCACUUCUCAGCGUGAACACAACAGUGAGUGUAAGCCUCAUUGAUGUCAACGAUAAUGACCCCGUCUUCGAUGAAGGGAGUCUUAUUGUGGCUAUAAUGGAGGACGCUUGUACGCCGACAGGUGUUUCGUUGUUUACUGUAUCAACAACUGACGAAGACGAAGGGCUGAACGGAGAAAUUGCCAGUUACUCCAUCACUGGAGGGAACGAAGAUGAAAUUUUUACCAUCAAUAAUGAUGGAGUUGUUCGUUGUGACAAGGGUUUAGAUUACGAAACUACUACAGAAUACAAACUCGUUACCGUAGCAACAGAUAACGGAACUCCCCAAAAAAGCAGCUCUUCAACUUUAACCUUAUCGAUCAAUGACGUAAACGACAACUCGCCUUCUUUCACACAAGAACUUAGUACUGGAUCUCAUUUCAUUAAAAUCAGGAAGUCGGACUUUGACGGUGGUGCAGGAAAGCCAGUCAUGGUAGUGACUGUUGUUGAUGAGGACAGUGGUCAGAACGGUCAAAUCAACAGGCCAAUCACUCUGACUUUGUCACCUGGGCUCAGUCUCAGUCUAAGCGAGAGCGGUGUCCUGCGAACCGAAACAUCCAACCCACCUAUCCAGAACCUUACAGCCGAAUUCACCGCCACGGACAAAGGUAACCCUCCUCUGACAGCCACGGCCACACUGACCUUGGAAAUAGUGGAUGACGGCACCCUACAAGGGAAAGUACAAUUUAAGUCUCAAGACAUACCCAUGUCUAUUGAGGAGAACGUUGCCAACAAAAAUAUAGGGACAUUGUCAAAUGAAGUGACAAGCCAAGCUGGCUCAGCUGUGGUGUUUGACAAGGUUUCCGGGGCUGAAAACGUAAAGAUUGAUUCGUCCGGUAAUGUAAUGGUUGAAGACUCAUUUGACAGAGAAUGGAUCCAAUCAACAGUUAUUGUUGUCCGUGCUACUGUGGAGGACGAAUCCGACUUAGCACUUGUGACGGUUCGAGUGAUUGACGUAAAUGAUAACCCUCCCACCUUUGGGUCAACUGACAAGUACCGACUCCUCCUAUCUGAGGACAAGCCCACUAAUACGGAAAUUGAAACCUUGACAGCGACAGACCAAGAUGAGGGUCUCAACCAGAAAAUCACCUACACAAUAGUAGAAACUGACGGUUGUUCCAGUCACUUCACUGUAAAUUCAAUAUCUGAAAUUUUGCUGUUGGAUAAAAACCUGGACCGAGAAGAGUCAUUUUCUUUUUGCGCAUUUUCAAUUAAGGCGGCAGACGGGGGCAGUCCAAUUCUUUCAGCUGUUAUUCCAGUAGAAGUGAUUGUGUUAGACGUCAACGACAACAAACCUCUCUUCCGUGACUUGUCCUCAGCAGGGAAAUAUGAAAUCACAGCCAAAGAGGAUCUACGCAUCAGUGACCAGACGGAUCCUUUCGGUUACAUCACUGAUGACGAUGUUGGAGAAAAUGGAGAUGUUUAUGUUACUAUAGAACCAGGCACUGUGUGUCCAUUCACAGCCAGAAUUGAAAUAUCAACUGCUGAUGUCUUCAAGAUUAUCUUCACACUGGCAUCGGAACUAGAUUUUGAAACCGUGACAUUUCAUACCUGUUUCGUGCUGGUAUUUGAUAAAGGAACGCCUACCCUUAACAAUACUGUGGAGGUCAAGGUCACAGUCACUGACGUCAAUGAUAAUGCACCAGUGUUUUCAAAAAAAGAAUACAAUGCCAGUGUGUCACGUGAUGCAAAUAUUGAUCAUGUGAUUAUUGAUGAAAUAAAUGCAACUGAUGCCGAGUCGACAAACCUACGUUUUAAAUUCGAUGAUGAGGACUCUGAUAAAUACUUCACCAUAGACUUUACUACUGCUAGAAUUACAGUUAGAAAGAAACUUGUGGACCUACAAAAGGACGAUCUGAUCCUGAAUGUCAAAGUGACAGAUGAGGGCAUUCCUCCACUCUCUAAUAAAGCCACGGUGAGCCUAAAAAUAAUAGAUGACAACAUAAGACCGGAAUUUGAUAACUCCUUGGCAACACUGCAGCUUGUAGAACAUGCAAGUGUUACCAAUCCUAUUUUCACCGCCGUAGCGACAGAUCGUAUUGGUCGACAGGAUCCUGAAACGUGUGACUGUACUUAUAGGUUUACAACUCCUUCAGAUAUUUUUGAAAUCAACAACAACACGGGUAAGGUAAGCGUUAAACCAGGAAUAGAUAUAGACAGGGAGAGAGCACCGGAGGUCACAUUGUAUGUGAUAGCCACCGACCCUGGAAACAAGGAUUCCCUUCCCCUUAGUCUGGUCAUCACCGUCUUGGACAUCAAUGACCAGAGUCCAGUCUUUACGGACAUCAGGGAUGGGGACUACAGAUUUGUAUUGUCGCAGGCGGCGCCUUCUGGUUCAUUCGUGGGGAGAGUGAUUGCUGAGGACGCAGAUGCCGGGGAGAACGCUGUUCCUGUUUAUUCCUUGAGGAGUGCGCGAUACUCCUGGUCUCCCCUGAUGGUUGAUACCACAGAUUUAUUUCAAGAAAUACCAGUCAGUAUCUCUGCUCAGAAUGGCACCAUCACCACAAAUGCCUCGAUAGACCUUAACGCAACAAGAAAUUUCUUCAUGGAGCUUAUUGUGAAAGCUGAAGACUCCAAGGACAGUUUGAAGAUCACAGAGACCAAAGUCAUAGUGCAAGUAAACUACCUGGAUCCAAAUCGUCACCAUCCGAUGUGCUCCCAGGGACUAUAUCGUACUUCGUUAGCCAAAACCACUAAAAUUGGAACAAUCUUGGAUAUCAACGUUAAUGCCACUGACCUUGACACCGGCCCUGACGGGAGGAUAGAUUACAAAAUAACGGCUGGAAAUGUCAGGGAUAUCUUCAGUAUUGAUUCGGGGACUGGACAACUGUCUGUUGCCUUCGUCAUCGACGUCAGUACAGAUAUGGUUAACCUGACUAUACAGGUUGAGGAUGAAGGAAACAUACCGAAAACAGGGAACUGUUUUGUAGAAAUUUACCUCACAGGAGAACCGAUUGACUGUAAAUAUUCACUCACUUCGUCUCCGCAAAGCACUGACCAGUGGUUUAUACCAAUGGUGGUUUUGGCUGCAGUCUUGGGGGUCAGUUUUGUAGCCAUAUUGGUACUCGUCUUCAAAUUUUGCCAAUUACGAAACAAUUACCAGAAUCCUAAUGACUUCGCGUCACGUGGUAGAAGACAAAGUGUUUAUACACAUCUUGGUAGGUCCAAGCAGGAACCUUAUUCUCCAUUUUCUGCCUCGACUCAAUCAUUCCCUGGACAUAUGGUACCGUUCGAUGACCAUCAACUCUCAUUAUACCGUUCCAUGGACAGUGUGAUGGCUGACCAGAGUGGUCAGGAGUCGGGGACAAACGGAGGCAGUGUUAAUGGUUUUGAUCCAUAUCGGAGAUACAGUCACGCUGAGUCAUCAAAUACCUCGGAUUAUGAUCCUCCGAAUGCACCACCUGCACCAAUAUUGCCUAGUCGGGAUUCGAGGUCAAAUAACCCGUACAGCAGUUCUGUACCAAGACCGACUGCUAUAUCAUUCCGUGAACCAGACAGUACCUCCUUCCGAAAUUCAACUUUCCAUGAACCUGAUGCUGACUAUGACUAGGCCUAUAGUCCCUCUAUAAUAUUAAUUAUUAACGAAAUUAAUCACUUGUACUUAAAAAAAAGGUUAUUACAGUUCAAUGUUUACUUACACAACACUAUCACACAAAAUAAACAGUUAUACAAUUAUUAAACAUGAAAAUAUAGGUUAAAUAGUACGAAGUUCAUUUCGGUAUGGUUUAGCCAUACCAAGUUAAAGUCGGACAAGGCUUAUCCAUUCGGUAUUGCACGUGAUGAGGUUUGGAUUGACAUUCACUGGUGUGAGAUUUUCAUUUUCAGCAAGGCUCAGUUUACGACAGUUAUUGUUUAAUGAGACUUCUGAAGGUCAGACAAUGUUUUGCUUAAGACGUUCGCUAGACAAGAUAAUGUUGGACUAAAUAUUCCAUUUCAUAAUCUUAAGUAAGAAGUUAAACACAUAUUUGAUAAGAUUAAUAAGGAACUACAUAAAUUAACACUUAAAUAAACCUGUCAUAGCGUGUAACCUUCAUAAAAACCCAUUUACAGCUCAAUUUUACAAAUGACUGAUGUUUGAUACCAAUGUUAAAUCACACUAACAUUUACAAGCAAUAUCUUGUCAAAUAAUGUCUCCCUACGGAUUUGAUAGUAUAAUGGUUGCUUUGGUUAUCAUCGUUAGAACUGUCAUCUUUUUAUCGUCAUUUUCUUUGUUGUUUAUUGUGAAAUAGCAUUGUCGGCUUUAAUUGUGUACCAUAAGAAAGCAUUUUAUAUACAUGGCCAGCACCUGCUUCAUGCAUUACUGCUAACAUUUUUACUGCCAUACGGAAAAAAUAUUGUGGGAUGCUGUUAUAAACUCAAGUAACUGUAAAUGAAUUAUGAGAAUAACGUCACUUAAGGUUCGUUAAUUUUCUGUUUACACAAUUUAUAUAAUCCAGGACUGGAACCAGAUUGGUUCAUUGCCCAUAAUUCCGAUAUAUUGAGGUAAUUUUAAGCAUUUAAUUAAUCCAAUAUAUGCUCUUAGUUCGAUAGUUUUGAGCCUUUAGCUGACGAUGCAAGUUAAAUAUGAAAACUGAGAUUGAAAAAUAUAUUCACACUUUCAGCUUUCAUAAAUCGUUUCUGAGAUAUCCCCCCAUGAUGACGGUAUGUUUCGGUCAGUCGGAACACCUCGCCUCCGUCUGCCAACGUAGGCUAGAAAAUGACGAGGGGCUCCGAUUGCAGAUACACGAGUCCAACAUUCAAGUCAAAUAAGGUUUUCCUCCUGUAUCAAUAUAAUACGGAAGACUUAGAGUAUGUAUCACCAAAUCCUAGUCAGCAUCUGACAUCGCUUGACAGCAAAAAUUAGAUGAAAUAUUCCGUAUCGAGUAAUCUUCAUGUAUUGUGUACGUUUAUUUGCAGUUUUAUAUCAUACUUUGUAUAUAAAUUUUACCAACCAAGGUUAUAGCUAUUUUCGCAUCGUUGCCUUCACUGAUUGCUAUUUUAUAAAACUUGCUAAAACAGUUCUGCUUUCUUAAAGGGACAUUCCUUCGUUUGAAUGAAUUUUAGGUCAUCAAAAUUAAACUUACUGGAAAAUAUGUAUUUUUUCCAAGCAUUAAAGGUUAAAACCUUAACAUUAAUAAGGCAGUUUUACUCUCAAUAUGAUCCAAAGUUCUUCGAACAUUAAGUCCUGAAAAUUCCGAAUUCGAUACGAAGAAUCACUAAUUACCGCAAAGACAUUUUUGGUAUUUGUCUACAAUACGCAUUUUCUUGUACAUUUCGGCGUUGACAUGUAGGCACAGACACUCAUAUUCAUCGUUAGGACUUAGAUUUCAUCAAUAGAUAUUGUGCAUGCUUCUGAUGUCCGAACGAAGGAUGCUCUUUUAAGGGUGGAGCUAUAGUUUUCCUCUCUGCUGUGUAAAUCGCAUCGUAUGUACAUAAGUAACACAAACAUUUGUCAGAGUUUGCCAAUCCUCCAGGGAUUUUCAUCUCACUUCACUACAAGAGUUAGCGGGCCCGAUAAGGGACAUGUAUUGCUUUAGAAAUAUUAAAUAUGCUUUUUAAAAUUAUAUUGUGUAUUGAAUGUACAUAUUUUUGUAUGUCUAUAAUUUUCAUCAUUGCUCAAGACUAUCAGCUAAUCGGUAUGAGUUACCUCCCUUUGUUGAAUUUGUUGACUAACCCUGAUUAAUUAGAUAUACAGCUUGAAUAGCACUGUGGUAUCAUCGAUAAAAACACAAUUUGACGUUUGAUCCAAUAAAGGUUUUACAUUUGACCUAACAUGACGUCACCACAAUGCAGCAUCAGGUACUAUAAUCCAUAUACAGGAAUACCAGUACUCCGCUAAUCAAAUAUAAGAUUUAUUUUUAUUUUCUUUAAUUUUAGCAAAAAAUGCUUGUAUUUAUUUCAACAGUUUCCUUUUUGCACUGAAACUCUGAUUUUCUAUUUAAUAUAUUUGAAAUUCCCAAAAAUAGUUAAAAAAUAAAAAUUUAAAAGUUUUAGUCAGAAAAAAUAAUAAUAAGUUACCAUAUCAUUCGAAAAUUUCAGUCGGUAAAUUUAUUAAGGACAUUUUAAAAGCGCUGUUCCAUUUCCCCUUUCCAACUUCUGUUGUUAUGUACUACCUCACAGCUUUGUGUUGUUUCAUUUGCGAUGCACAUUGUAAAUAUAUUUUGUUCAGUGUGACAGAAAAAAAUUAUCAAUAAUUUAGAAAUCAUAAAUAUUUUCAUACAUUAACUUGUGACAACGUUUAAAUAUUGAUCUAUUAUUGUCGUCCCACAAACGUACUGUGAUAGUUUUUAUAGUAAUGUACAAUAAUUCAAUGUUUGUUAUCGAUACGUUGUACUUAGAAAUAAAUAAAUCAAACUGUAAAAAAACAACAACAA